AUGACUAUGACGUCACCUCAGGUCCUUUCCCUCUACCAGGAGAAGAUUAUUACCGGAAUCCUGGAGCUUUUACUGUGAAGAUUUCAUCAGGAAAAGAAAUGCUUUGUCUCACUGGUGCCAUCUUCUGGCUUCUGGCCGCCUUUCAGUGUCUACAGGUUUAUGGUGAAAUUCAUAAAAUGACAUCCAAUCCCAAUGUAUUUGAUGACCAGUACAUUGGCUGCUAUGAUGAACUGGAGAAGAACAUCAUGCCUAAGGUGCUUCAUAAGGAGAAGGAAAAUAAGCAGUUUAAGGAAGCGUGGGGCAAUGCAGCUGAGUGGUGGUACUACAUAAAAGAUAAUCUUGAACUUCCGGAAGGGUUUCAGGAUGAGUAUGGAGUAGCUCUACUGACUUUCACCAAAAACUAUCCAGAGGGAAAUCCUAUAGGCCAGCAGAUGAAUGGAAACCUCACCGUGGCAGGAGCCUCACAGAAAGAUUACAUGGAGAAGUUCCACUUCAAAGCCCUUCACUUCUACCUAACAAGAGCUUUGCAAAUGCUAAAACCCAACUGUGAAGAAAGCUACGUAACGUAUAGAGGAAGUCAACACUCCAUCCACAUACAACCAGUUUCUAGAUUUGACAGUUUCACCUCAUCUUCUUUGAAUCCUGAGGAAGCACAAAUGUUUGGCAGUAAAUCUCUCUUUCAGAUAACUACUUGCUUUGGUGCCAAACUUGGUAAAUUGUCAUUUGUUCCAUUAGAUGAAGAAGUUCUGAUUCCUCCAACAGAAAAGUUUGUAUUUGUGACAGAACACAAUUCAUUCUACAUGUUGAAAAGUACCGGUCAGAUGUGCAGCUACUUCAACUGUGCCUAUCUAGAAGCUGAGAAGCGAAAAGAUCCUAUUUGUCGAUCAGCUACAACUGAACCAAUGGGAGGAACAAAAUAUGGAGAUCAGCUGAAUGUGAUGUCUGCAGCUGAAAUCGAGGAGCGGAUGAAGGUUUUUGAGGAGAAAAUCAAUCAGAAUCAACUCUUCUGGAAGCAUCACCACGCCGAGCUGGGCGCCAUAUUCGAGCAAUUUACUGACAGUGGGAAUAAAACCAACAUGUACCGUUCCCUGAGGAAACUGGGCGAGCAUAUAAAGGCUCUAAAAGACCAGACAGAAUCUAUAUCGAGCGAGCUGAAAUCGGUGGUACAGAACGAGGGGGAGAUUAUUAAAUUCCUCGUCCUACAUGAUGAAGCCUUUGCAAUUCUAAAGAAAGAACUCAAUGAACACCAAGAAGUAAUCCAGGGCAUUGCCAUCUGGUUGGGAUUAUUUACUAUCGGCGGUGCUACCAUUUUCAUCUAUAAGUACUUCAUGAGGAAUCCUGGAGCUCCAUGAUGACAUCACGUCAGAAGCACUAGGUUCCUGGAUGCAAGCAACCAUCCCCCCAAGUCCCUCAGUUCCCUGUACUGGACCCCAUCCAUUUCCUUCCCCCUAUUUUAUGAUCACAGUGUGAGUGAUAUCAUAACCCAGGGGCAACGUCCUGCUGAAAACUGUCAGUACUGUGUGAAAGGCCCUGGGAGAGCACAAGUGAAGCUUCUUUCUAUUACAGUAUAUAAGGAUGUGGCUGGAGCUCAUUGAAGGUUCAGCUGCUUCACACUUUCAUAGUUAAUACAGUUGAAAAAAGACAUAAGUCCUUCAAGUUCAAUCUUUCUUCAAAUAAAUUAAAGUUUUUCUAGGUUUCUCAUUUGUGUUUGGUGUUUUUCUAGUGACUAACAAACCCCUCGGGUAAGAGGGUUGUCCAGAGGGGAAACUUGUUGUGCCAAGGAGUUCAGAAUUGGUUUAAAAAAUAACAGAGGAAGCCAUAUUUGCCUCACCGUUCCCUUGCCAAUCCCGGUUUGACAUUUACCGUCCCGUCACUGAUCUCAACUCACAGGAAAUGUCAGAAAUGACCCCUCAGCCAACCAACGGAAACAGUGGUGACCAGCCUCAGCCGGUGAGCUGGCCGACCGUAGCAUCUCCUGUGUGCUGAGAUGAGACCAGGAAAUGGUGACCCGUGGGAACUUGGUAAGCGCCAGAACAUGACCAGAGGGGCAUUAGUGAGUUAUAGAGUAUGCAGAGAUGAGGCUGGAAACACUCAUCAUGGAGGUCUGGGCCAACUGGAGAAGAUGAGGAACGAUAGAGUGGCCAAUCAGAGGGAUUGUCACGGUUCAGUCACCAGACUUAACAGGUAUGUGAUGCUGCAUUCCCCGGUAUAGUUGGUAAAGCUGAAUUGAAUUUCAAAAAUAAUAUUCAUUCAGCAUAAACAAAAAAAUGCUGAAUUUCAAAAAUAAAAAAUGGGCAAGAUAACUAUAUAGAUAGGAUAGGGCUGGUACAGACAUGAAUAUAUACUUUUCUACAGUAUUUCAGAAAGUUCUGUUGUUCAUGUGUUCAGGGGCGGAUUAAGUGCAUGAUGGGCCCCCCGGGGCUGUCUACCCAACUGGGGCCCCUCCCUCCAUUUUAGUUAAAUGUUUCUGUAUGAAGAGGCUGCG